AUGCAGUUGGCACUUUCAAACUCAAGAGAAGAACGGAGAAAUCUAUAUCUGGUUCUUUUUGAUUAUUUAUUGCAUAAGAUAAAUGAGACAUGUAUAGCUUCUGGAGUGUCCGAGUACAGUGAUGACGAGGUUCAACCUAUUGCUACCUUGCUCAUGCUUGCAGAUGCACCUGAAGCUCUGCAUUUAUCUGUCAAGUUAGGAGUUGAAGGCAUGGUGGAGCUAUUGAGGAGAUCAAUUUCUACAGCAUUGUCCAGAUAUCCUAAUAAUGAUCGGCUUAUUACACUCUUGCAGAGUAUGGUAGAGAAGUUUGAUAUGCUCAUGAGAUCAUUUACUCAUCUAGACAGAGAAUUUACCCAAAUGGUUCAAAUAACCAAAUCAUACAAGUCUUUAGAAAGCAUUGAUGAAAUUCACAGAAACAGUGUUGGCAUCAAAGCAAAUCUCUCUUGGGCCACUUUACAUUCUCUUCUUCAUUCUGAACGAUCUGCUUAUCGGCACAAUGGGUAUCUCUGGUUAGGAGAUUUGCUCAUUGCUGAAAUAAGUGAUGAAGGGGACGAGAGCCUGUGGUUGAGCAUACAAACCUUGGAGCAAAAAAUCAAAAUUGCCGGUGUUAAUGAUUAUUCAGCUUCUUUAGGCGUUCCUUUACCCAUUUGGCUUAUGUGUGGGCUUCUAAAGUCAAGAAACAAUCUUAUCAGAUGGGGCUUUCUAUUUGUUCUAGAGAGGCUGCUCAUGCGAUGCAAAUUUCUGUUAGAUGAGAGUGAAGUUCAACAUGUUAUCAGAAGUGAAGCUGCAGGCCACAUGCACGCCAAGAGUCGUCUUGAAAAAGCAAAUGCUGUGAUAAACAUCAUGAGUAAUGCCUUAUCCUUGAUGGCCCAAAGAAACGAGACUGAUCGUAUGAAUAUUUUGAAGAUGUGUGAUAUUCUAUUUUCACAAUUGUGCUUGAAAGUAGUCCCCACAACUGCGAUGCUGUUUGGAGACACACAGAUUAAUGAUUCUAGUAGUUCAGAAUGGAACAAGGCAGGAGCAGAAUCUCUCUCUCAAAAAGAGAACCUUGGCCGGGAAGAAUCCACGGGGGAUUCUGACAGCAAAAUUGGCAAAAGUGUAAAUCCUAAAAUCUGUGGUACUGCAUCCAUGGCAGCACUGCUGCUUAAUGGACAAGCAAUUGUACCCAUGCAAUUGGUUGCACGCAUUCCUGCUGCUUUAUUUUACUGGCCUCUGAUCCAACUUGCUGGAGCUGCAACAGACAAUAUUGCAUUGGGUGUCUCUGUUGGUAGCAAAGGAAGAGGGAAUAUACCAGGUGCCACGUCAGAUAUAAGGGCUACCCUUCUCUUACUCUUAAUUGGUAAAUGUACAGCAGACCCUGCUGCUUUUACAGAUGUUGGUGGUGAAGAGUUCUUCAGGGAGUUGUUGGAUGAUACAGACGCAAGAGUGGCUUACUACUCUUCUACCUUUCUUUUGAAGAGAAUGAUGACAGAGGAGCCAGAAAAUUAUCAACAGAUGCUUCAUAGCCUUGUUUCAAGAGCUCAGCAGAGUAACAAUGAAAAGCUGUUGGAGAAUCCCUAUCUUCAGAUGCGUGGCUUACUUCAGCUGUCAAAUGAAUAA